AUGGGAAUGAUGGAACUUAAAAGGGAUUCAGGACAAGAGUGGAAAAAUAGAAUAUUGGAUUCAAGAACUGUAGAUGAACUUGAUUAUGAUGCAAAAUUUUCAGUUUUUGUGUCUUAUAUUGAAAUUUGUGACCAUUCAAUUUAUGAUCUGUUAGAAGAUUUCGAUACUGGUAUGAUUAGAACCAAUGCUAAAUCAAAAGUACUUGUUGAAGACAGUUUAUGCAAUCCAUAUGUGCAUGAUAUCAACAAAGUUGAAGUCCGAAGUUCUGAUGAAGUAUCGCAACUGCUUUUCCAUGGGCAACAUAAACUAACAUCUGGAAUGGAUACUCAUUACAAAACUUCAAGCCAUAGUAUUUUCACUAUUUACAUUGUACAAGCUUUGUUUGAUCCAUUUGAUAGUGAAAUUUUGAAGGAUGAAAGGGCUAUUACUGUAAGCCAACUAUCAAUCGUUGAACUUGGUUUUUGUGGAAUGCCUUCAGCUUUUGCUGCCAAGAAUGAAAAUUUUGUUUCCCCAGAAAAUUCAAACACCCCAUUGUCUGUUUUAAUGAAAUGUUUUGAUGCUUAUAGAAAAUCUGAAACUCAAGGGGGUUCAAAGCUAAUACCAUACCAUGAAAAUGAACUCACUUAUUUGAUUAAAUCUUACUUUGAUGGUAAAGGUAAAAUGAAGAUGAUAAUUUGUAUGAAUGAAGGCUAUGAUUACAAAAAAAUAAUGUACUUAUUGCAAUUUGCUACAACGAAGAAAAAAACUAAAAAGUCUUGGUCAUCUUCAACCCUAUGGAGUAGGAGUAGUUCAAGCUGGGCAUCUAAAGAUGAAGCUCUAUUUCAGAAAGCUAUAAGCAAACUUCCAGAUAACAAAAAUUUGAGACAUGAACAAUCUUCCACAAAUGGAUUGAAUUGGGCUUGUCCUCCAUCUGUAAUUAAAUCUUCAAGCGAUGAUGUCGUAUACUUAAAUUUGAUUGGUUUUCUUAAUGAGAAAAUGUGUCACACUAAACCACUUCUUCAAAAUUUGGAAAACCAAAGAGCUAACUUGAAAAAUAACUUGGUUGCUAUAGUUCAGGAAAAUGAAGAAUUAAAAGAGGCAACAAAAGCAUUGCAAAUGAAUUUGGAAUCAAAAACAGAGCUAGUCAUAGAAUUGGAAAAGAAAGUAUCUGUCAUAGAUAAUGUAAAAGAGGAGUUGGAGAAGAAGAUUUCAGCUUUGAGAAAUCAAGUUGACAGUAUAAAACUUGAAAGUCCAGUGGUUGCAAAUGUCCGACAUCAAAAAUCACACGUUGGUGGAGGAGGUUUAUGGAUUGUGCAUGAACCAAAAAAAUGUUUAUAUUCAAGUAAUAUUCUUAAGCCUAAUAAGAAAAAAACCAAAUCAUUUUGUAAUUUGGAAUUAAAGGAUAUAUUGAAAAGUAAAGCUUCUAAGUAUGCUCUUCAAUAUCAAGAACAAACCUUUUCAGGCGAAACUGAAACAUAUUUAUUUAAAGCUGAUAUUACUCAAACUAUUGGAGGAGGAGUGCAAGUUAUAUUCAAUGAUAUUGAAAUUGUAAAACGAGAACCACCACCAUGCAUGUUUUGAUUUCUAUUGAAUUUGAAAUUUCAACAAAACGAACAUUGGAAAAAGAAAAAGGCUAUGAAUCUUGUGGUGUUCUGCA